AAAUCAAAACAAGUGAUUCAGCGAAGAGACUCUUUUCAACGAAUUUAUCAUCAAGCUGUACAGUCUAUUCAAUUUGUAUACUCUUCCUUAUUAAGUCAAUUGUUAUUAUUACUAUUCUCACUUUGAACUGUCCCCGGUAUUAUUUCACUUGUUCCACUUGUCAUUCUAAAUCAAUUGUUUUUACAACGAUAAACUCUAUGCUAUUAAAUUUCCCACAAUAUUACGUAACGUUUUUGUUUUAUUCGAUUUGCCUACUAAUCCUAUAAUUGCACAUCCUUUUUCAAGUUCUAUCCCUCCUAUGAAUUAUUCUAUAUAUGACAUUAAUCUGCUUUGCCACUUGACAUUUAACUACGAUUAUAAUCACAAACAUUUUAGUUUUAAUCGAACUUCAUAUGAUUAUUAUUAUUAUUAUUUUGUGCAUUCACACCUAAGAUUCAAUUCCCUCACCGGAUAUAACUUCUGAUAAACCAUAUAUAUACGACUGUACAGCUUGAUGAUAAAUUCGUUGAAAAGAGUCUCUUCGCUGAAUCACUUGUUUUGAUUUUCUAAAUGUUACAAUGGGAAUUUUCCAUGAAUAUAUAUAUAUAUCUUUAGUAUAUAUUUAUUUCCCUUUCUUUUAAAUUCACCUCUUAAUCUUAGACUGUAGGUGACCUUGCCAGUGUAAAAACAAGAACAGUGAUACAUAACUGUUGAACCUUCUGAUAAUCAACAAAUACUCAAGCUUCAUAGAGUCGUGUUAAGUUGAGAAGUACCUUUAUCAUAGUACGUGUAGUCAACUUCAUUCUUUGGGAAUCUAGCCGAAGCAAGUGAUGAGUUGCCAUCUGAUUUUGCAUGAUGUACCUGAAAACACGGACUUGGGUAUUGAUAUGAAAUUUUGGAAGGUUGGGAGACAUUUCAAAGGUAUCAAGGACAUACCCUUAGGAGUCCACUCUGUCUACUACAGCGCCGUAAAUUCAGAUUGUAUGUCUGGUCAACGUAUUGGAUUUAUAGCGAAUUUCACUCAACCCGGUUUUAUUGUUAAAAGAUGGAGAAGAGAGGAAGAGGAUUUCAUUGAUAUUGAUUUAACUCAUGAUGAAAUAGAGCGUUUAUCUUCUAAUUUUGCCGAAGUCUCCAUGUAUUUAGGACAGUAUCCCAUGGAGUCGUACAGGGAUUGGGUUUCAUUAUCUAAUUUUAUAACGACACAUACGUUAAGUCGUCUUGUCCCACGUUGCGGCCGUCUGUAUUCAUGUCCACACUUUUUGUCUGUGCCUUCCAAUACAGAAGAUCGUCUAGCGAUUAAGAAAGCCAAUAGGGUUGAUUGCUCAAAAAAUAAAAACACAGAGGACCUACCAAAUUUGGAAAUCAUUCCUGGGACUGAAGUACGUUUUACUGUACUUCCGCGAAAACCGCUCUAUCCGCCCACUUCUUCUCCAGUCGAAAUCACCGCACAUUGUAUGGAUCAAAGUUAUACUCUCAAUGUUGUUUUAGAUCUAAUUACGUCUAACCUUACCUCACAGAAUACUACUGAUGCAGCCGAAAAUCCUGAGUCUACACGUGAACUGCUCGCUGAGUUUCAAUUUGCCUUCCUCAAUUUACUACUAAAUCAUUCAAUAGAAGGCUGGGAACAAUGGCGUCGAAUAUUUCAGUUACUUGCUAAUUGUGAAAAAGCAAUUAUUGACUAUCCACAAUUGUUUAUAGAUUUCAUUACUGUUGUUUACCACCAAUUAAAUAAUGCUAAUAAAUCAGAAGAAGUGGAAAGUAGUCAUUCGACUGCUGAAUUAUUAGAUCUUUUCUUUACCGAUUCAUCUAACUCAAGUACAAAUAAGUUAACUGAACCGGGUUUUCUCCCGACUAUGCUUGGACGCCUUUUGAAAAACAUCAAUUCAGUUUGUAAUUAUGAUAUUGGAAUGUUUCCAAAUGAUACAAGCAAUAAACUGAAAGACCUUCUUAACCGUGCUGAUGGUUUUGCUAGUAGUAUAAAACAACGAUUCAAAUGGGAUCUGAUCAGUUCAUUUUGUUCACCUGAAAAGCAUAUUGCAGAUACGACUGAAAUACCUGUUGAUGAAUUUGACUGGGAUGGAGAUGAAGCACCAGUUAUUGUACAGCUUUAAACUAAUCUGAAAUAAAAAUCUUUCGCUGUA